AUCCUCUUUUUUCCGCUGUGGCGAACUUCUCCAAGGCUGCUGCUGAAUUUCACAGGAGGCUUGAACAAGUUGACAAGAAAGACCCAAUCGCAGUGCGGAUGAUGAACGACCAGCUGAUGUUCAUAGAAAGAGCUUUCAUUGAUCCUCUUGGCUUACCAGGAAGGAAGUUUUACCGACACAUCAUCUUCGCGCCAAGCAGCCACAACAAAUACGCUGGCGAGUCCUUCCCGGGGAUCUACGAUGCCAUCUUCGAUAUUGGAAGCCAAGCGGAUCCACACGAAGCCUGGGAUGAAGUCAAGAGGCAGAUUUCCAUCGCAGCCUUCACUGUGCAGGCAGCAGCAGGGACGCUGGAAGAAGCAGC